AUGCCCAAAAACAAGCUUGGUGGCAACAAAGCGAAGCGUGCCAAGGCGAGCACGGAGGGCAACAAGAAGGAGCUCGAGUUCAAGGAAGACGGGCAGGAGUACGGCCAGAUUACCCGCAUGUUGGGCAACGGCCGCUGCGACGUGCAGUGCGUGGACGGAGUGAAGCGGCUUUGCCACAUCCGCGGUAAGAUGAGAAAAAAGGUUUGGUGCAACCAGGGCGACAUUGUGCUGGUAUCUCUUCGCGACUUCCAGGAUGAGAAAGGCGACAUCAUCACCAAGUACACCGCCGAGGAAGCACGCAGCUUAAAGGCAUAUGGCGAGCUUCCCGAGAACGUGAAGAUCAACGAGACAGACAUCGGCGAUGGCGAUGAUAGCGAGGACGGCGUGGAGUUCGACGAGGGGAGACAUGUUCUGCUAAGCGAGAUGGCAAGUCUUGACGUGGUAGAUAAGGAGUUGAACGUUCAUGUACAGUCCACUGCCCUUGAACAGGACAUCAACGCGUUGACCAGUGGAUGCUACAGGCGUCGACUAACACUGCUGUUCUCGGCCACGUGGACGCCCCAAACGGAGCUGCUGUCCAUCAUCCUGCGCACUGGAGCUCUCAAGGUGUCCGUGGCUGGCAUCCCCACACUCAUCACUCAGGAGGUCGAGCUCGUGCCAAAGGCAGCACGCGCGAGGCGGCUCCGGGACUUGCUCCGCGAGUUUGGUACGGCAGCGAAGGUUUUGGUCUUCGUCCUUUUCAAGCGCGAGGCAAAGGCCCUGGCCAAGAUGCUGCAGUCAGAGGGGAUUGAAGCCUGGGCGCUGGAAGGCAACAUGUCCCAGGCGGCGCGGACCUAUACGAUGCAGGUGUGGGGCAGUCGUCAAACUUUCAGCUUUGUGGCCCGGGGUACAGAAGCAGCUGGCACAGCCGAAGAGGAUGAGGAUCUGGAUGGAUGGGGGAACUUCGAGGAGAUUGAUUUUGCAGCUGCUGGCGUCGAGCCGGCAGAAGCCGAGCCGCGCCAGGUCGAAGAUUCUGGGGCGAAGCAAGUCGAGGAGAGAACUGAGCUAGCCAACGAACCUGCGAACCUGCGGCAGGCAGCCCUGAGCUGGCGCAGUUCUUUGCUUGACUUUGGCCGAGAGUUCAUUGCAGAGGCGACGCACGUCUUCGGUGAGGAGGCAGGAAAACAAGCGGCCGAGGAAAUGCGCCAGCAGGAAGCCGAGGCAAAAACAAACAACGAAGCCGAGAAGGCCUGCAAGGAGGCACAGGCGCAGAAGGAGGCCGAGGAAAGAGCCCGCAAAGAAGCGGAGGCGCAGGCGCAGAAAGAGGCCGAGGAGAAGGCCCGCAUGGAGGCUGAGGAGGAGGCCCGCAGGGAAGCAGAGGCGCAGGCGCAGAAGGAGGCCGAGGAAAGAGCCCGCAAAGAAGCGGAGGCGCAGGCGCAGAAGGAGGCCGAGGAAAUUGCCCGCAAAGAGGCGGAGGUGCAGGCUCAGAAGGAGGCCGAGGAGAAGGCCCGCAUGGAGGCUGAGGAGGAGGCCCGCAGGGAAGCAGAGGCGCAGGCGCAGAAGGAGGCCGAGGAAAGAGCCCGCAAAGAAGCGGAGGCGCAGGCGCAGGAGGAGGCUGAGGAAAUUGCUCGCCAAGAGGCGGAGGCGCAGGCGCAGAAAGAGGCCGAGGAGAAGGCCCGCAUGGAGGCUGAGGAGGCGGCCCGCAAGGAAGCAGAGGCGCAGGCACAGAAGGAGGCCGAGGAAAGAGCCCGCAAAGAAGCGGAGGCGCAGGCGCAGAAGGAGGCCGAGGAAAUUGCCCGCAAAGAGGCGGAGGCACAGGCUCAGAAGGAGGCCGAGGAGAAGGCCCGCAUGGAGGCUGAGGAGGAGGCCCGCAGGGAAGCAGAGGCGCAGGCGCAGAAGGAGGCCGAGGAAAGAGCCCGCAAGGAAGCGGAGGCGCAGGCGCAGAAGGAGGCCGAGGAAGUUGCCCGCAAAGAGGCGGAGGCGCAGGCUCAGAAGGAGGCCGAGGAGAAGGCCCGCAUGGAGGCUGAGGAGGAGGCUGGCAGGGAAGCGGAGGCGCAGGCGCAGAAGGAGGCCGAGGAAAGAGCCCGCAAAGAAGCGGAGGCGCAGGCGCAGAAGGAGGCCGAGGAAAUUGCCCGCAAAGAGGCGGAGGAGCAGGCUCAGAAGGAGGCCGAGGAGAAGGCCCGCAUGGAGGCCGAGGAGGAGGCCCGCAGGGAAGCAGAGGCGCAGGCGCAGAAGGAGGCCGAGGAAAUUGCCUGCAAAGAGGCGGAGGCGCAGGCUCAGAAGGAGGCCGAGGAGAAGGCCCGCAUGGAGGCCGAGGAGGAGGCCCGCAGGGAAGCAGAGGCGCAGGCGCAGAAGGAGGCCGAGGAAAGAGCCCGCAAAGAAGCGGAGGCGCAGGCGCAGAAAGAGGCGGAGGCGCAGGCUCAGAAGGAGGCCGAGGAGAAGGCCCGCAUGGAGGCCGAGGCGGAGGCCCGCAGGGAAGCAGAGGCGCAGGCGCAGAAGGAGGCCGAGGAAAGAGCCCGCAAAGAAGCGGAGGCGCAGGCGCAGAAGGAGGCCGAGGAAAUUGCCCGGAAAGAGGCGGAGGAGAAGGCCCGCAUGGAGGCUGACGAGGAGGAGGCCCGCAGGGAAGCAGAUGCGCAGGCACAGAAGAAGGCCCAGGAGAUGGAGAGACCACGGGAGGAGGACCUGUUCGUGGAACUCGAAACCCCUGCAGUAGAGCAAACUGACGUGGGCAGCCUUGAUGCCUCGGUGAAGAAUGACGACGAGGCGACCGGAACGGAGGAGCGAGAAUGCCCUGGCCCAGAUUGUGCCGCGGGAAGCAAGAAGGCUGAAGUGCUGGCCAUGCUGCAGAAAUACCAGGGCUUGCUCAAGAACGUCUACAACCAGCAUAAUCCCGAGAAAGCCUUGGACAUAGACAAGCUGAUCCAGAAGUAUACCGAGCAGUUGGAGCAGCUCGAAGACCUUGAGGCCUUUGAAAGACACUGCGAGGUGAAGCUGGCGAGCCUCUAUCAGGCAGUCUGCAAGAAAUAUGGCAUCGAGGCUGCGGAUGAAUCUCCAGGGGGUGAGCCCACACCCCAUGCGCCGUCACCCACUUUGCGUGACGAAUUGGUGGCCAUCUACGAGCGCAACAACCCAUCAAAGCUGUCCUCGGUCGACGAGCUUUUGAGCAAGUUCCAGGGGCGCGAGGCCAUUCUGUACAGAAGUAUUUGUGAGAAGUACGGAGAGGAAGUCAACCAAGAGCUGCUGAAGAUGUAUGCAGGGCAAGAGGAGCCUUCGCAGAAGAAGGAUGACAAGGAGGACGGCCCUGGUUGGGGGCUUUUCGGCGGCCUGGGAGCUCUGACCUCCACUUCGGCACUGCAGUCUUUGCGCGGGGCAGCAGAAGGCCUCCAGGGCCUCCGCGAGAAGGUCGAGCGCUCCUUUGACGAGGCGCUCGCUGACCGUGGCGAGGAGUCUGUCGAUGCGGUGCAUUUGAGCGGAUUGCAGACGCGGGAGACUCUUCAUGGUGUACCAGAAGAAGGAACUGGUGAGCAGAUGGAGAAUCCUUUCGCAGAAGUUGUCCAUUCGGAGGAGGCUGCCGAGAAGGAUGCAGCAAAAGCGCACAGUGCCGCCACGGAGGCGCCGCUCCUGCCAUCCCCGGAUGCCACCACUGCAGAGGAGGCGGCUGCUGAGCCAGGGGAGGUCACGGACUCUGUUCCUCAGGCGCCGAUUGCAGUGAAGCCCAUGGUCACAAGCACGGCCCACGCGUCUCAGGAGCAAAAGGAUGCUUGGCAGGCCGAACGAGAUAGGCUACUCCGCGAGAACCGUGGAUUGAAGAUGGAGAAGGAAAACUUGAUCAUGGAGGGCACAAAGAUGUCCCAUCGCGUGCAAGCCGUGGAGGAGCGCAUGAAGGCCAUGGCUGCUGAUGCCCGGCGCUCCGAGUCUCAGAUGGCGGAUGCGGAGAGGACGCAGCAGGGCCUUCAGGGCCAGCUUUCCCGCGCAGCUGCGCGGGCCGAAAAGGCAGAGGCCCAAAGUUCUGAGCUCCGAGCCGAAACGCGGCGUCUGACGGCCGAGUUGGACAGGGCCCGGCAGCAGAUACAGGGCGAGAAGCGGCAGAUGCAGGCCGACCAGCAGGCCCUGCAGAUGAAGAGCCGAGAGAACUCGGAGAAGGAGCGGAGGAUGGAAGAGCGGGUGCAGCAGCUCAUGCACGAGAGGGACGAACUCAGAGCAACGAGUGCCUCGCUAACCGUGGAGCUGCAACAGGCGAUGGGGACAGUGGACUCACUGGAGAGGCGCUUGCAGCAGCAGAUGCAGGACAUGGAACACCUCCAGGAGAGGCACAGGCGGCAGAUUGAGGCAGCAGAGUAUGAGUUCGUCAAUGAGAGCAUGCCUUAUCAACAGCGCCUGGGCGAACUCGAAGCGCAGCUCGCGCAUCAAGAGCAGAAGUUCCUGGAGCGCGAAGCUGUUGCAUACCGAGAGCGUGACAAGGAGCGCGCCGAAUUGGAAGUGGCCAAGGAAGACUUGCGCCAGCGAGAGCAACUUCAGGAGCGGCGGGCGCGCGAAAUGCGCGAAGAGUCGGGGCGUGCGCAGCAGGCCAUUGCAGAUGCCACGGCUGCACGACGCGAGGUCGAGGAAGUGCUCACCGCCAAGGAGGCAGCAGACAGAGCCAGGGAAUCUGCAGAAGGUGAGCUCAAGCUGGAGAUGGCACGGCGCCGGUCUGCCGAGCUGCGAGCUGGAGACCUGCAGCAGCAGGUAGACAAGCUGCAGACGGCCCCACGGCCAGCUGUUGUUCCUGGAGGGUCGCUGGUGGCCUCCGUGAAAGACUCGGAGCUCCAGCACUUGCGCGGCCAGGUGGACGCCAUCACCAAGCAGCGAGACACGCUGCAGCAGGAGACAGCGAGACUCCAGCAGCAGUUGGAGCAGCAGCACGCAGGUGUCGCUGCCCAAACCGCCUUGGCACAGCGCUUCGAAGUUGCGCUGCAAGCCAUUGGCAAGCUACAGGAAGAACUGGAAGCUUGUCAGCAUCAGCGCGAUGGCUACAAGCAGCAGUGCGAGCGACUGCAGGCGCCCAAAGAUCCGGCGCCGCAGCUGCAGCCACCUUCCUGA